AUGGCUGAUGAGGACAUACAAGCGGUUCACCGGGAGGAAGUGGAUGCCUUACUCGCCAUCUUCCCCGAGGAUGUCGAGGCCAUAGGCGAGAGUAUUGUUUUGGACAUUCGGCGGGACUGCCAGCUACAAGUACACCUCCACGCUGAAUAUCCAGCCAGUCGAGCACCAGACUAUGAACUGAGCGCCAACUGGCUACAUCAUCCUCACGGACCCGGGUUGCACGACCUACUCACCUCUACUUUUGUACCCGGCAACCCCGUUCUCUUUGAGUGGAUUGAAGUACUUCGCGAGUACUUGGAGGACCACUGCCCUCUUGACGAGCUGGAUGGCGAGGUCAAACCAAAAAAGGUACUGCCACCUCCACCGGAGACACAUACGGGGGAUCCCAUCUUGGAUCGCAAGUCCAGCUUCCAAGGUCACGUGGCUGAGGUGCAUUCUCUUUUGGAAAUCAAGAGCUUUCGCAAGGCUUUGCUAGCCAAUGGCAAGAUUGCACGCGCCACCCACAACAUGCUUGCGUAUCGCAUCUGGCACGAGCCAACGCAAGGCUAUCUUCAGGACUAUGAUGAUGAUGGAGAACAUGGUGCAGGGUCGCGCAUGCUGCAUCUGCUUCAGAUCAUGGACGUCAAGAACGUUGUUGUCAUGGUCAGCCGCUGGUAUGGAGGCAUCCACCUUGGACCAGAUCGAUUCAAGCACAUCAACAAUGUAACCCGGGGUGUGCUCACCCAGUUCAAUUUCGCAGACGAAACAGGUGGGUGCAAUUGGAAGAGAUCCCCUCAGGGGAAAGAAAGCGGCGUGUGUGUGUGUGUGUGUGUGUGUGUGUGUGUGUGUGUGUGUGUGUGUGUGUGUGUGUGUGUGUGUGUGUGUGUGUGUGUGUGUGUGGAAGGCACGCGUGCACGACGAGCAGGCGGCAAGGGAAAGAAGAAGCGCUGA